AUGGAUCAGUUUCAGGAAGUCUUCGGCCCACUUGUGGAGGCACAGUUGUAUGCGAUGGAAUGGACGACGCCCAGAAAGGGAAGCGGAGCCCAGCUCGGCCGCAAGGCCUCGCGGACAGAGCAAGGAAAGGCAGCCACACACACACAAACCACACUGGCACAAAGGUGGGGGCAAAGGCCGUUCAAAGGCCACUUCAAGGACGGACCAAACAUUACCUACCUGAUCAAGGCUCUGGCGCGUCUAGCGCUGCAGCAGGAGACGGCCAUCAAGAUCUUGCGCCAGGACUACAGCUGGGUCCUCUUCAUCCAGCCGGACAAUCAGGGACCUCUACCGCUGCUCUUCAAAGCCGCGCAGAAGUGGAAGAAGGCACAGGAGGAGGCAAAGGCAGAGGAGAUGAAGUGGCUGAAGGACGGCCACUGGUGCUAUCCGCAGUGGUCGCCAGCGUUGGGGAGCCUCGUGGUGGACGAGGAUCGUCCCCCUCUUCCUCUUCAACACACCAAGCUGGUGGCCCUUCAGCUAGUCCUGCCCCUGAUCAUGCUGCCCUACAUGAUCCACCGAUUUCACCCCACGCGACCACUGGCAGGAAACAUGACGGGGAUGACGUCAUUUGAGUUGGACAUCUCCAGCCGCACCAAGGGCAAUCAUACGGCUUGGGAUUUCCUGGAAGCUCUGACGGGGCUCUCGGCACUACAGAUUAUCGGCCUGCAGCUCCGCCGCGACACUCUCAAGCAGUCACUGGCUGCAGGGCUUGUGCAACAAGCAUUGGCCGAAUUCUCCUGA